AUAAUUAUAGCUCGCUUCCGCUCGCCAAUUAUGCUAUGGUGUUAGUGAUGCAAACAUGUAAGUAGUGUAGAAUGUCCAGUGAGUAAGUAUUUCAAGGGUGGAAACCCUGACACCUCUCAGAAAGACCUCAUCUCCCCUAGAUGUCUUUGCCUCCCUGAUGAUCCCCCUGAGGACAAGUUCAAAGGUGUUCACAUGGUGCAUGUGAGUGGUGUGUUGCCUGUUGCCAUGGUAAUAUCCGUCAUGUGUCGUUUCCCUCGCAAAAGAAAGUGAUGUUAGAAUAUUUUCCAGUUGUUCUACCAGAGCUGAAACAAGUCUAUACUCAGCGUCAGUCAACUGUGUCUGUUUUGUUGGCCCGUGUCUGGUUCCAUUCCUUAAUUCUGUGUCCUGGUUCCAUUCCACCCUAUGUCUUGUUUCCAUACAUUACCAGCAAUCCAGGGUGUUUAGCGGUCAUAAUGUUAGAUUUGUUUUCUGUCCAUAUUUUCAUGUGACUGCUGCACGAAUGUGCAGGUAGCAGAGGGUGUAGGCGGACUGGUACAACAGCAGUAUUCAGCUCCUUCCUCAGAUCCUUGACAUGAUGGAGUCUGGGUAACUCUUGAACCGCCUACAACAGUUUGUCAGCAUUUGUAUGCAUAUUUAGAACUCAGAAUACUUUACCUGAGCCAGUUCGUGGUAGAAAGCAUCUGAGACACCAUACUGGUCCGGCAGAAAGAGGACCUUCUGUGCCGUGUCGUCUGGUGGUGGUGGUGGCGCCAGGACAUGCGGUGGAGGAGUAUUGAGUCCCUUGGUUUUCAGCUCUGCUAUCUUCCGCCGUCUCUGCCGUUCACGAACCUGUUACAUAACAGUUACAACUUGUUGAUUGCUCUCUGGCUGUCUUGCUCUCUGCUCCUCAGCCAAACGAGUACCCAGCUCCUCCUGUGCCUGCUCAGCUUGCUCUACUCUCUCCUGCAUAAUGCAGUUACAGAACAAUAAUUAUGGAGGUUGAGGAGGACAAAUUAACAUCAGAAUCGUUUGACGUCCACACUUAUAUUCGAGAUGUUGCUAGGGAGAUGGACAGUUCUAUGGAAUUAAAACGCCACAAGCGGGCUAUUCAAGAAGUGGCUGAACACACAGCUCAGAAGCUUAAGCAAAACGUGUAUCAAAAUUAUGCUCUAUUUAUUAACACAUCAAAAGAGAUCUCUUCGUUGGAAGCAGAGAUGUACCAGCUUAGCCACAUGUUGAAUGAGCAUGAGUCACUGACACGUGACCUGUCAAAUGUUGCAUUGUCGGCAGUAGAAGCUGAAAUAGGGGAUGCUGGAACAGAGGCUGAGAAACACAGCAUUGCCUCUCUGUUAGAAACAGUUGAGGGAUGCUCAUCUGUAACCGAAGUUCCUGGGCGUUUCCUUAUUUACUCGUCUGCUUUGACUGAGUUACAUCAGGAAACACAUGAGGAAGUUCAGCUUGUUCAGGCCUUUUUACUGAAUGAUAGUCUGAUGGUGUCAUCACAUAUCCGCCGCCGCAAGGGCCCAGUGCGCUACAAAUUUCAAGCACUGUAUGAGCUUGACAAUAUGGCUAUAGUUGAGGUGAAAGACUCAGAUGCUCUCAGAAAUGCUUUCAAGAUUCUCAUGUUUCCUGAUAGUCAUCUAUAUCAGGCUGAAAAUCCUGGCUUAAAACAGACAUGGAUAGAGUUAUUGGAGGACACCAAACAGAAGCACAAGGUUUCUCGGGAUGCUCUGAAGAGAGAGGUUAGUUGUGGUCAGCAACUUAUUAACCCUACGUAGGUGCGCAUGCACAGUGAGGGUUACGGUACUUUGUUGGUAAGGUAUCUGUUUGUCUGUUACCACUCGUAACAAUCUACUCGUAAUCUACUUGUCUAAUUGGCCCAUUGUAUGUCAGACUCUCAGAAAACUUAGG